AGGACGGGUUGCGCAGGAUGAGAGGAGUGUAAACAAACCUUAAGAGACGGUCACGCUGUAAAGUCUCCCUGUCGGGAACUUCUCGCUCCAUUUCGCACGGGAACAAGAAGCGAUGCUGACCAAAGAACACGCGGGGAGACCCAAGAGUUGGCCCCGGCCGGACUCGGCCGGCUAUCGGCUGGCUAACUACAUGUUAGAGAACAACAUGUACCUGCCAAUCGAAGAAGGAGGGGAGACGAACGAAACUACGCCCUCUCUCGGUCGACGUUCAAACGGCAUCAGUAGGGGCACGUCCCGCGGCACGAGGGUGGUGUGGCGGGACGUCAAGGUGGUGGUGGAGGAGAAGGUCCUGCUGAAGGACGUGGCUGGGGUGGUGGAACCCGGGGAGAUCCUCGCUGUCAUGGGACCAAGCGGUGCAGGAAAGACGACCCUGCUGAACACUCUAGCUGGAAGGAUUCCCGACUCCAGUCUGGACACGGGGUCCAUCACGUUUAACGGCGAGCCGCUCUGCAAGAGACUCAAGCGCAGGAUCUGCUAUGUGCUGCAGCAGGACAUCUUCUUCGCUACUCUGACUCUCAGGGAUACGCUUAUGUUCACAGCCAUGCUGAGACUGCCUGACGCCAUGCCGUAUGCUGAGAAAGUGAAGAAAGUCGACUGGAUUGUAGACGUGCUGGAUCUGAAGAAAUGCCUGGAUACCAAGAUUGGAGAUGACCUGUCGCGGGGGCUGUCGGGAGGAGAGAGAAAGCGCGCCAACAUCGGGUGUGAGCUGCUGACAGACCCGGCCCUCAUUCUGCUGGACGAACCGACAUCGGGCCUUGACUCCAGCACGGCGCUGAGUCUGAUCCGGACCGUGAAGCGGCUCGCCGUCUCGGAGAACAAGACGGUCGUCACCACCAUCCACCAGCCGUCUUCUCAGAUCUUCAAGGUGUUCGACAAGCUGUGUCUGGUUCUUAACGGAGAGCUUGCGUACUUCGGAAAGGCGAGCGAAGUUUUGGACUUCUUCGAAAAAUUAGGCAUGCCCUGCGAACCUCACUACAAUCCGGCGGAUUUCAUUUUGGAGAAAAUGAAGGAAAGCAAAGAGGUUGAGUUGAAGAUCCUGGCUGGCUCGUAUGAGAGACGGAAGACAUGUAGAAUGUCCCCGCUAGGUGAGACUGGAGGCUCCGAAGUCGUGUUCAGACGUGAGAAAGAGGCGCACCCGAGCAGCAGCAAUGGAGGAUCCACCUAUGUGCAGAUGGACAGCGAGAAGGGCACCGCUACCUACUGGGCUGGCGGGUCGUCAGGGAGGGAGUGGAGUUCUCAGGACGAUGACACACCUGAAGAGAAGCAGGGGAAAUGGCCCACCGGUUUCCUGACACAGUACCGAGUACUGACACAGAGAAACUUCCUCCAGGCCAGGCCCAAGAUGCUGAGUAAGUGGAACUUCAUCCAGACCUUCGGGAUCGGCCUGAUCAUCGGUCUGAUGUGGUUCCAGAUCCCUCACAACGAGGAACGGAUCAUGGACGUAGGGGGAGUGCUGUUCUUCUGUGUCAUGUACUGGGGCUUCGUCUUCGUCAUGGAUGCCCUUGCCGCAUUUCCUAUGGAGCUUGUUGUAUUAAACAAGGAGCGCGCGGCUGGCUACUACCGUCUGUCCGCCUACUACAUGGCCAAACUGACCAGUGAGCUGCCCCUGACCCUCCUGCUGCCCAGUGCCUUCCUCACGCUGUGCUACUGGAUGGCUGGUCUCAACUCGGUGGGGCCGUUCUUCGCAACAUGGGGGGUCCUCAUGCUCAGCUCAUUGGCUGGACAGUCUCUGGGCCUGUUCAUCAGUGCGGCAUGUCUGGACUUCCAGCGCGCAGUGACGGUAGCCUCUAUCUUCAUGAUGGGGUCGUCUCUCCUGGGAGGCUUCUACACCACACAGGUGCCGUACUGGCUCGCCUGGGUCAAAUACUCCUCCUUCCUCAACUACGCCUUCCACGGGAUGCUGCUGAUAGAGUUUACUCCAGAAAACCCCUUCCUUUGUGCCCCACCAGCGACGUCUGCCUUCGAGCUGUGCCGGAGUAACAGCACCCUGAACGGCACGGUGCCGGUCCUGCCGCCAGAGCUCAUCCUGGGCGGACUGAAGGUGGAGCUGCCGCUGUACACAGACAUCGCCAUGCUGAUCGCCUUCAUCGUGGUGUUCAGGGCACUGGCCUACGUCAUCCUCCGCUUCAUCUACAAGCCAAGAUGAGCUGUCUGUCUGCUUUCAACCCUGGGCUCUUCAAUGUCAAUGUGCUACAUUACAAUUCCAGCAAUGCAAAAUCUACAAGCCAAGAUGAGAUAUCUGCUUUCAACUUUUAGGGGCUUUUAGGUUGGUUCACAUGUGCGUAUGAGGUCCGUAUGGAAGUCUCAGCCUCUACCAGGCUCCAUGGGGGAAAAUAGUAGAAAUUGGGUAAUUAUAUAGCCAGAGAAUAUACCAGAGGAGUUAGUUGGUCGCAAUCCAUACUCCUCGGACAACUAACGUCUCUGGUAUAUCAUGAUUCUAUAUUUGUCCAAUUUGUACUAUAUUUCCAGCCACCUGUGGAGGCCUGAUAGAGGCUAAGAACUUCAUACAAACCUCAUACGGCCUCAAACAUAUACACAUGUGUGAGCUCCCCUUUUCAAUGUGGUACAUUACAAUUCCAGCAAUGCAAACGUCUAAAGCUAUCAUAGUUUUUUAAGAAAUUCAGGCAAUAUACCUGAUGAUCAUUAAAUUAAAACUUAAGUAAGAACUAAAUCUGUAAACACUUUACCAAGUCAAAUGUUUGCUAUAUGAGAAAGGUAUAUUAAAGGUAAAUCUUAAAUUACAAUUGACAAUUGUCAUGUUUUUACCCAUUCCUAAAGGAGCAAUGUUUAAUGCUAAUAUUAUAGUCAAAGAUGUUAUUAUGAGGAAAAAGAUUGUAUGUUUCACUAAAACAGAAAUGGAACAUUUUGAAUUAUGAUCUAUUCAAUGGUCAUGAUACAUAGCACAGAAACAUGAAAGACAAUUGUAUGAAAGACAAUUCACUAAGUACAUGUAUCAGUGCAGAUUGAUAUACGUGUAUACUUUUUGGUAAACUUUGGUAGUUAGAGUCUUAUAUACCAGGAAAUAUAAUAUUUGUAAACAGCAAAGAUGUUAACUAUACUACAUCCCAGCUCGAUUUUGCAGAGCUCCAUGAAUUAGCCAAUGUUUUAAACUUGAGAUGAAAGUACUUUGCCAUACACUCUAACCAUCUAACUAGAGUGCAUAAAUUAACUUAUAAAUUUUGUACAUAAAUUUUCAUAUACUUUGAAACGUUAACUGAGUGUAACAAUCUUAAAUGCAAAUGAAACAGUCCAUGUAGCAACUGUAAUUUGUUACAUUCAGCUCAUACCCAUUGUAACAAAGUAAUUUAGUGUAUAAAAUGUUAAUGUGGGGAUAUACUAAUACGAAGAGUUUUCUAAGAACCUCUGUAGAGAUUGAUGAUUAGGAUGGGGAAAGGUCACAUUCAUGCCUUGUAUAUGGAAGACAUACAUGUAAAGAAUUUGAUAAAUGAAUUAAAUAAAAAUAAUGAAUUCAAUAUGA